AUGGCUACUCAAACCGCGACUACCACUACAUCCCAGCCUUCGGAGACAGUGUCUCAGCUGAGGUUUGAUACUUCAAUCAACUACAAUGAGAACGAGGUUGGUAGUUCUCAGUACAAAUAUUCCCACUACCUUCCACAUUCCAAGCCAGGUCUACAGCCGCCCCUGGAAGAAUUCAAGCACACCGACCCAGGCCUUCGUGCCGAUCCUGCCAAAGCUGCCCUCCUGAAUGCUCCAGGGUCCUCGUUCCAAGAGAUCACCCCAGCAGUGGGCACCGAGGUCCAUGGCCUCCAGCUCAGCUCGCUCGAUUCCAAACAAAAGGAUGAACUCGCUCUUCUGGUAGCUGAACGCGGAGUUCUUGUCUUUCGUGGACAGGACUUUGCAGACAUUGGCUUUGACAGGCAAAAGGAGUUUGGUGCGCACUUUGGCAAGCUACAUGUUCAUCAGCAUGGAGGGCAUGUCAAGGAUUAUCCUGAGUUAUUGCCAGUCUACCGAGACUUCACGGCUGGUGCGGUAGACAACGAGAUCAAGAACAAUGUCAGCAGCAUCAAGUGGCACACUGACAUGUCUUAUGAGAUCAACGGCAUGGGAACAACCAUCUUCUUGGCACUUGAUGCCCCUCCAUCAGGAGGUGACACGCUCUAUCUCUCAACAGUGGCCGCGUACAACGCGCUUUCGCCACUAUAUCGUGAGAAGCUUCACGGCCUGGAAGCCACGCACUCUGGGUUCGAGCAGGCUAGGGUUGCUGAUCACAAGGAGCGAUACAUCCGCGAACCGAUUGAGACGAUCCACCCUGUUGUUAGAACUCACCCUGUGACCAAAUCCAAGUCUUUGUACGUCAACCGUCUGUACACGAGACGCAUUCAAGGCUUGAAGGAAGAAGAGAGCGCGAACAUCCUCAACUUUCUUUACGAUCACAUCGAACAUGGUCAAGACUGGCACAUUCGAGUACACUGGACACCAGGCACAGUUGUUGUCUAUGACAACCGGAUCACUCAGCACUCUGCCCUCCGCGAUUUCCAGGUCAAGGAGGGUCAGACCCGACGACACAUGUUGCGCAUCACGCCCCAGGCGGAGAGGCCAUACUUUGAUCCCGAUGCCUAG